AUGGUCCUACCCCGUUCCAAGCCUCGUUCCAAACCACGUCCCAAGCCACUGCACAAGAAUGUGGUGUUUCUGACACUGAUGGCACUCAUCGUCGCGUUCAUGAUGAUGUCAGUCAUUUUAUACGCGAGAAUCAAAGAGGAACCAGACGACGAUGAUCUCGUCCCCAAGAAUGGGAUAGAGCACCAUCACAAACAUCAUCAUCACCGUCAUCAUCAUCAUAAUCCUAAAGAACCACCUCCCAAGGACACUUCAUCCUCCUCGUCCUUAUCGGAGCAAUAUUUGGGAGUGCCGCCCGAACAAGCCAUUGCCAAAUUCCAAAAGGAUCAAGAUGAUGCCAAGGAGGCACGACGGAAACAAGGAAUCCUUACUCCCCGAGAAACGUUUGAACAAGAACGAUUCGAUCCUGAGGAUUGGGAACGAAUACUCAAGUCCGUACAGGCGCAGCGAAUACCCGAGAUUCCGAAUAUUCCGAAUAAAACGUUACAAGAAGAAGAAGAAGAAGAAGAGGAAGGGGACGAGGAAGCAGCGAGAGAACCAAUCUUGGUACCUUAUGAUAUUCAUGACUGUCCCUUGGAACCACCUCCCAAUUAUCCCGUGGCAUGGAAUGUCAUGCAAGUACUCGACAACUGGAAUCCCGAUGAUACCGAACUAUUGCCAAAGUAUAUUUAUCAAGGAGUUUGUGUCUUUGACUGGAACAAUCCAACACAUUCCCAAAAAGCUGAGAAUUAUCGACGACACGAACUACCCUUUGUUCUGCAAAACUACCCCGAAACAAUGCGUGCUGCCGAACGAUGGAUGACACCGGGCUAUCUACAAGAAUUAGCGGGCAAGGACGAAACCUUUCCCACGGAACAUUCCCGCAACAAUCAUUUUCUAUUUUGGAGCAACACGGCCGCUGUUACCAAAAAAACACCUCAAGACUAUGUCCCUCCCACCGACAUGGUCGACAUGACCUUGGCACAAUGGCACGAAAAAGCCGAUGAAUUGGAACACAAACGACGACAAACCCGACAAGAACACUGGUACUUGCGUCUCAAUGCCAUGUUGCACAAUCAUGCCUACUUGUACGAAGAAUUGCCAUUCUUUGAUCCCACCUUUGGAAAAUCCAUCACCAUGGUGAUACCCGAAGAACACCAGGGAAUCAAUUGCCGAUUUGGUAUGAAAGGGACAAUUGCCGAGGCUCAUUACGACUCCUAUAACAACUUUAUUGCCAUCUUGGGGGGACGACGAAGAUUCAUUCUGGCUCACCCCGACCAGUGCGAGAAUUUGGAACUCUAUCCUAUGGGUCAUCCAAGUGCCCGGCAUUCGCGGAUAAAUUGGUCCAAUGCCUACUCCAAGUGGCAUGAUAGUGAACGCCUCUUUGCUCAAACAAGAGUCAAUGAACUAAUAUUGCAGACUGGUGACAUUCUAUUUUUGCCCACAUUUUGGUUCCACUUCAUCGUAUCUCUUACCACAACCUAUCAAUGCAAUUCACGGUCUGGAUCUUCCAAGGAAUAUGAACACCACAUUAGCAAAUGCGGCUUUGGACCACGGACAGAAUACCAAAGAAAAGAAGUGUAG